AUGUCAUCUCACAACAAGAUGAGCCUUUCCGAGGAACUCUACGUCUGUAUUAAUCAACGUCCUCUCACAAGACUGCGUGCUCGAUUUAGGCAAAAUUACGAUAAUGCAGCUAACCCAAUGGGAGCAAUUCAUAAAUUGUUAAAUAAACUUGUAGGAUACACAAUCGGGUUCGACGAUAACGCCCACAUCCAUUUGCUUCAAGGCCAAAUUUAUGAUAUAUGCGGCAAAAUCACUCGCAAUAAGGUUUUUCUACCCGAUUUCAAAAACUUCGUCGAUUUAAUUGCCUCUGAUGCCAGCGACCGUGAAUGUUGGUCUGAACUCAUUGCUUUAGUUGAUGAUCUUACCUAUGAGGAACCACAGUCAUUUACGGACAUGAUGAUUCCAAUAAUUGAAGAAAACACAACAACUACCUACACGCGGAGCACUUCAGAGAUUCCCAACUACGACGCAACUUGCCUUUCUCUCACUGUAGCGCUCAAGAUAGAACUUACAAACAAUAUUUACAAAAGUGUUGGUAAUUUUUGGGAGGUUUAUUUUGAGAAUGAAAGGUGGUCUCAAACUACAACGCGAAUCUGGGAGUGCUAUCAAGAUAAUAACCAAUGUCAACCCUAUGUUUUCCACCAAAACAUGAACGAAACUGAACUCCGGGCCUGGUUUUACACCUUCUUCGACCGUUACUUGAAACAGUUUACGCUCCCCCACGAGUUAAAUACGUCAGAAUCAACUUUCAUCCGCACGCCAAAUGAUCCUACUGCGCGUGGCAAAUUUUGUCAUACGACUCACUUCAAUCAGCUUGAGGGCGCAAAGAGUCGACAAAAGCUCGACUUUUUUAUUGAAGUCGCCGAUCUAGCCGGGGGGAGUAAACAUCAUUGGAGAGAUAUUAGGGUGAUAGGCGAAUUCACCAAGUCCGCUGGUCUGAAAGGUGUCAAGUUCCACCAGCUCACGAGGUACAUUCGUGAAAUAUUCUACGCACAGCCAUUGCGUCGAUUUGUGCAUGGAUUUGUUGUUCACAAACUGCAUGCUGAGUUCUGGGUAGUUGAUCGAUCGGGUGCAUAUAGCUCGGGCGAAAUCAGUCUGAUUGAAAGCGAAGAAAAACUGGUUCGAGCUAUUUCUUCAUACAUGUUCAUGAGCGACGAAGAACUUGGGCUUGAUACGACUAUUUUUCGUAAAGAUGGUCUAUCAUUCGUUACCAUUCGAGAAGGUGAUGAGCCGGCUGAUAAUGAGAUCGAAAUUAUGCCCGAGCCAAUCUAUAGACCAGAGACAAUAGUAUCACGGGCAAAUCUUUGCCACCGGACGAAGGAUGACUUGUUUAUGGUCAAGUUUUCGUGGGGGUCGGGAGCAGAACGAUCCGAAAUAGAUUAUCUGAAACUGGCAAAACCAGUGAAUGGUGUCGUGAACUUAGUGUGGGACAAGGUGUUGCAUGAAGUGGAAGCCCACCGAGCUGGGCUAGAUUUCUCAAUGGCAUUUAAGGUCUCGAUUAAAAACAACAAAUGGUGCCUUUCCAGAGGCCUUCAGAAUGAAUCACAGACAACACCGGGCUAUUUCCGCAAACGUAAGCUUACUUUAGCAAUACUUUCGCCAAAUGGACGCCCCCUUAAAUCUAGUCGAUCGCUCCGAGAGUUUUUAAGUUGUAUUCUUGAUGCCAUAAUUGGCCAUCGUGAUCUUUACAAUGACGCAAAGGUCCUUCACGGUGAUGUUUCUGAGGGAAACAUUAUUUUGACCAAGCCCGACGAAAACGGAAAAUCAGAGGAUACUCUUAUUGACCUGGACAUGUCAACUUCGGUCGAUGGCAAGGUAGAUGAGAAAGAAGAAAUGAAAAUAAUCGGUACUGUCAAGUACAUGGCAAUUGAGUUACUGAAAAACAUGAGCGAAGAUAAGUAUAGCAUCAAGAAAUCGUGUCGUUACGAUCUCGAGUCAUUUUUUUACGUUUUUCUUGUGGGAUGCCUGCGGUAUGGUCGUCCAAGCUCAGAGCCAGCAAACUUGAACGGCUGGUAUACAGACGAUCUAUUAACGAACUAUAACACGAAGAGAAUAGAUAUUACUGUGGGCUUCGAGAAAAAUAUCAUAGAUCAUUUUUCGCCAAGUUUUGACGCAGUCAAGGAAUUGGCAAGGGAUUUUCGCAAGAUUUUGUUUGGAAGUAAUCUAGAUCAGUUCAUCUCAAAGCCUAACUCCGUAGAACUUUACGAUCCAAUUAUUCAUGCGUUUAAAAACGUUAUAACACAAAUUGACGAGGGCCAUAUCAAAAACGAGAAUUUAGACUUACCAGCUGUGAAAAAGAGAAUGAGACGGACAAAUUCAAGGGGAGGAUCAAUGGUCAAGCCGAGCAGGACGAAAUCAAGGGGAGUAUCAGCGCUCAUUUCAAAGACGAAAUCAAGGAGAGGAACUAGGCUUCAGCCCAGAAACACUCAGUCAUAA